UAUGAGCCCACAACCAAAAACACCACCAAAUAGCCCAAUAUUACUUCCUUUCUUCUUCUCUCUCCAAUUCUCAAUUGUAGGGUUUAUCACAGAAAAACCCCAAUUCAAUCUCCAAAACCCUGUCGUUUGAUUUCUCUCUGUUUCAACCCCACUAUCUCUCUUUGCCAAAAUCUAACAUGGAAGCAUUAACACCCCCUAAAUCACACAAUUCCAAGAAAAAAAAGAGGAAAGCAAUCGAAUUUGAUACCCAAGUUCAAAUGUUGAAGGAACAACAAGAGAAAAAUGCACCAAUGUUAGGGUAUUACCCUUCUGGGUUCGACCCAUUAAACCUUAAAAACCCAGAAUCAAGCAAACUAGGGUUUUUCAGGGAUCAAAAACGGCUUAGAAGAGUUGAACUUGUUGUGAAACCAAAUGGGUCUAAAGUUGAUUAUGUUGGUAAUAGUCAUUUUGGUGAAGCUGCUGUUGGUAGGAUGAAUAGUUAUGCUCUUGCGGUUGUUGAUAAACGUUCUCAGUCUUUCAGAUUGGCCCCCAUUAAUGCUAAUAGGGUAUUCAGGCUACAACCAUUAGCUAGGGCAUCACGUGCAUCUGAAACGGAACCAGAAACUCCAGCCAAGAUUGAAGAUGCUGAAGAUAGAAGACUCAAAAGGCAUAAACUUACAGACCGUUAUGGUACCAAGGGUGCAAUAAAGAAGGACAAGGAAGCUAUGCGGUUAAGUCAAAAGGAAGAUCCUGAUGUCAUGCCUGAGAUAAACCAAAUUUUAGAGGCAACUCCUAUAGACAAGACAGCAAUUGAAAGUUCCAGUUUGAACACUGACAACAAUCUUCCCCCACACGAUCUCUCUGCUACAACACCAGAGAAGGCUUAUCUGCUUGAUAAAAUUAUUCUCAAGGGAGAAUGGGAUUAUGUGAGAGACAUUUUGGAGCGGUUGCAAUCUGGGCAGGAGAUAAAACCAGAUGUUUACCCAAGUUUUGUGUGCAAUCGAUGUUACAAAGUGGAAUUAAACAAGGAUGAAGCAGAGAAGAGUAGGCUUGCUGGCAUCCUGUCAUACAUUUCUCAUCUCAUAAACAUCAAGAAUCGGUAUUCUGCUGGUGGUGGUGGAAAAUCUUCAAAGCAUCACGUUUAUCUCCCAAGUAUUUUGUCACAGAAGUUUGACAAAAUGUUUAUUAAUAAAGAGAAAAACAGGCUCUCAGAUGACAAAAUAGGCUCCCUCAUCAGCUAUGUGCUGGUUCUCACCUUAUUUGUUGAUGAGUUUCAGACUGAUUUUACAGAUAUUGCCAAGGAUCUGAAGAUGUCUGCUUUAAGUCUAAGACCUUAUUUCGAGAAUUUGGGCUGUAAGUUUGCCAGAAGAAAUAAGGUGACUGUUGCUACCCUUCCUACUCCUCUUAAGUUCCCAACACUGAGGAAGAGGAGAAGAGGGUAAUGUAAUAAUGGCCCCUGCUAUUCUUUCACUUUCCAAACAAACCUUAAUUCCUUCCAGAGGUUUGUUAUUGGACAGCGCCUUUUACAACAUGUGAUAAUCAAAAUGGGGAUAGAUUGAGCCAUCAACUACAUUUAUUUUUUGUUUUGUAAUCUCAGUUGGCAUAUCAACUCUAUAAGGUAAAAGUUGUUUCAGUGAUUGAAAAUUGAAAGAUUACUGUGCUAGUUAUGAUGGCUUCAUGGUUUAUAUUGUUGAGCUAAUUGCAUAGAUGUACUUAUCAAAUGAUUAAUUGUGCUUUUUUAAAAACUGAUUUGAAAUUGGAUAAACAUGCUUUUACUCUCUGUUUUUGGA